GCUGGUUAAGGGAUCUCAAUGUAAAAGUGUCAAAAUUGUUUAUGGAGUUGACAAGAUCCGUAGCAGAAGUCUAGAAAGGUGAAGAAUAAACCAAGAUAUCGUAAAUCAAACCAAGCCAACAAAAUAAAUAAAAAAUGUCUUAAAAAAAUCUAGAAAAAAAAUCAUAUGGACUGAAGUGUGAGAAAUUUUGCAUAGGAGUUGUAACUCAAGUGUUUAAGAGCAUUUAUCUCUGCAUCUAAUGUCCUAAUAUCACUUAUGUAAAACAAAAGUGUAUACAUUUUUUUAUUUUUUUAUUUUUAACAAUGAGAGAGAAAUAAUUCAAACUAAUCUCUUGGGACGUUAGGAUGAGAAAUUGGGAGUGCAAAGUUUUUUUUUUUUAUGAUUAAAAUAUAUCUCGCACUUUUAUUGUAGCUUUUGAAUAAGAUUUUAUUGUAAAAUUUUAACCAUGUUAAAAUAUGCUACACCACAAGAAGGUUAAAGUCCAAAGCUACUUACCUUUUUACGGCAAAACCCUAGGCGUAUGGCGAUCUGCUUCUCACAUCUUUCUCAAAAUUCCCCUGCUUAAGGGGCUCUGCCUUCCCCUGCUUCCUUCUUCUUCUGCAAUGUGGUGAAAACCGUUCCUACCCUUUUCAGUAUAUACUCUCAAGGUUUCAGCAGGGCACAAGUUAAAGUUGGAGGCUGUUAAAAUUUUGCAUCCACGACAAUGGGUUACCAAUUUAUCGAGUGGGAUCAAGGAUGGGACUAUAUACAGAAGGGGAUCACGAAGCUAAAGAGGAUUGUACAAGGAUUAUCAGAACCGCAGUUCAACUCAGAAGAAUAUAUGAGGCUUUACACAACUAUCUAUAACAUGUGUAUCCAAAAACAUCCCCAUAAUUAUUCUCGGCAGCUUUAUGACAAAUAUCGGGAGACAUUUGAGGAAUACAUUACUUCAACAGUGUUGCCCUCUGUAAUAGAGAAACAUGGUGAGUGUAUGCUGCAGGAGUUUGUCAAAUGUUGGGAAAAUCAUAAGAUUAUGAUUAGGUGGCUGUCACGAUUCUUUAGUUUUCUUGAUGACUACUACAUCGCUCAAAAUCACGCAUCACAUCCUGGGCUGAAUGAAGUUGGACUUAACUGCUUCCGUAAUAUGGUUUAUCAGAAGGUAAAUGCUAAUGUGAGAUUUUCUGUACUUGUUCUUAUUGGUAAAGAACGUGAAGGAGAACAAAUUGAUAGAGCACUGUUGAAGAAUGUGAUAGAUAUAUUUGUUGAAAUUGGAAUGGGACAUAUGGAUGCUUAUGAAAAUGACUUUGAAGGAUACAUGCUAAUUGACACUCGUGAUUACUAUUCUCAUAAAGCAUCAAUAUGGAUUUGGGAGGACACAUAUACGAAUUACAUGUUGAAGGCAGAGGAAUGCUUGAGAAGGGAGAGGGAUAGAGUUUCUCAUUACCUGCAUCCAAGCAGUGAGAAGAAGCUGGUAGAGAAUGUGAAACAUUGGUUGGUGGUGGUAAAUGUAACUCAACUGAUUGAAAAGAAGCAUUCUGAAUCUGGAUGUAGUGCUUGGCUUACAGUUGAUAAUGUGGAGGAGCUUUCUAGGAAAUUUAUUGCUAAUGUUAUAUUGGAACAAGAAGUUCCUGCUCAAGGUUCGACCUUGGUUCAACAGGCUGAAGAUGCCGCAAUGCAGGAAUGAAAUCAAUCACACUAUUAACAAUUGUGAACCACUCUGGGAUCUACAGUAAAUUGUGCACUGGUUGUUUUAGAAAUCCCUUGAACAGAUUACAACUUACAAGUUGUGAUCAGUACAAAGAGGCUGGAUAGAAGUAUAACUCUAUCAGGAAAAGGGGAAGAGAUUUACAAUGAAUAUACAUGCGAUAAUUGCAUCAGAUAAUCCAAGUGUUUGGCUUGGAUUGGGUUUGUCCUUCAUAUUGUUUUCUCUUUCUUUGAUAUUUUGUUUCUCUAUGUUACUUUAAUGAAGAUAGAUUGGGUCUGUUCAUCUUCAUCUCUCUCCCAAAGAAUGAAGAUCAAUUGCCAUUGUCUGUGGGGCCAAGUUAAGUAAAAUCCCUCUUUUUUGGGUCGGA